AUGUCUGCUGAUACCAAGUGUAUUGUUUGUGAUACGCGAUUUGCUGAAUUGGAUUUACCUAUAAAAUGUGACGGAUGUGCUACUCUUGUUCAUAAUAAAUGUUCAGGCCUUACUACAUCGGAAAUCAAAUGUGUGUCUUUGAAAAACAGAACUUUAAAGUAUUUCUGCACUGGUUGUGAAAAUGGUCUUAAAGACUUGCCUCAAUUAAAAUUAUUGAUAAAAAAAUUGCUUGUUGAAGUUGAAGGCUUGAAAAAUUCUCACUCAUUUAGUUCUAAUAAUUCAUUUGAUAAUGGGUUUAUUAUUAAUGAAAUUAAUGAUCGUAAUAGUCGAGCAACUAAUCUCAUUUUCUAUAAUAUUGAAGAAAGUGAUUCUAAUCAAUUAGAUGAUCGUAUUACUCAUGAUUUUAUUCAGAUUAAAAAUACUCUUAAGUCUAUUGGUGUGGACUCUGAAAUUGUACAGUUGAAAGUUAAUUGUUUGGAUCGUUAUAAAAGUGGCAAAUUGCGCCCAAUUAAAGCUGUAUUUUCGACCUCAUCAAAUACGUUCGAUAUUUUAAAAAAUAAACGAAAACUUUCUUCAUGUUCCUCUUUCUCGGAUAAACAUUAG